GUUUAGCAUUAAAACAUUACAACAUUAAAAACUGUUUAAGGCUGAAAGAAAUAAUGGCACCAGGGAACUCCAUACACUAUAACCAGUUUAAUGAGAUGAAGCAAAUACAGUGCCUACGGUGUCCCUUUAAUGUGUCUCCUCCCCUUCCUGCAUGCUCCAGCCUCAAACAAGCACCUCCUCUGUGAAAAAUCCAAUGGUUUUCUGCAAACCCCAUUGGAAUUCGAGUUCCUCCACAGCCAAAGACAGGUAGGCAUUUAAAAUAAUUGUCAGCUGUCACUCUAGAUAGAAGAAUGUCCCAGUUACAGUGUUAUGUACAUAUCUCUGUGCUGGAGGACAUAACAGAUCAUUUAUUUAUCCCAGGGAAUUAACAGUACCCUCAUUAAACAGAGAAUAAAUAUAGGAUAAAAUGCAUAGAGAGAGAAAUGUUGUUCAUGAUUUUUUUUGCUUUAUAUUUAAUUGCAAAUGAUAGAAAUAAGGGCAGUGGAACACAUUAAUCAUUCAGAAUUAGAAAAUUAAUAAUAAUUAUUAUUUAAUUAAUGAUUAUAAAUACAUAAUUAUACCAUAGUACUUUAUAUCUGACAUGCUGUUUAAUGCACUGUUUGUGUGGAGAUUAAUAUGAUUUUUUUAUGUCCCUGUCACAGCUCAGCGCCAUCAUUCCGGAGACCAGAGCUUAAUGUCCUCUGUGUUCACACGUGGGGGCUCCAGGCUUAGCCACUUCCUGGGAAGGCGGAGCUCGGUCUAUGAUUGGCUGGUCCCACACUGGACCCGCCCCUUGACGCUCUCCGAUUGGCUGGUUCCUUGCGCGUUCUCCAUCUCCGCGGCAACGCCAGCUUCCGCUUCCGGUAUGGAGGGGAAGCGGCCUCAGUUCGGGAACCGGCACCUGAGCGACCCGAGCCGGGUUUUCCAGCACAAUGCCUGGUGAGGAGAGCGGACAUAGCUCUGAUGGAAAGUAUCAUGGGGGUCAGGGUUACACAGAGAUACAUAGGCCAUUGUACAACUACAACUCCCAUGAUGCUCUGUCAUUGUAAAGCCUGGCAAAGCAUCAUGGUAGUUGUAGUUCUGCAGCAUCUGAGGAAUUUACCUAUUGCUAAGCCAUUAGGGAUCUGUUAUAGCAGGGCUGCCCAAAAGGUAGAUUCUCAGAUGUUGUAGAACUACAACUCCCAUGAUGCUCUGUCAUUGUAAAGCCUGGCAAAGCAUCAUGGUAGUUAAAAUUCUGCAACAUCUGGGGUUUUACCUAUUGCUAAGCCAUUGGGGAUCUGUUUAUAGCAGGGGUGCCUAAAAUGUACAUCCCCACAUGUGGGACUACAACUCCCUUGAUGCUUUGCAAAGCAUCAUGGAACCUGUAGUUUUUAAAACAUCUGGGGAUCUACUUUUUGGGCACCCCUGUGUUACAGAGAUAAAUGCUAAAUUGUGAAUUAAAAGUAAUUUCAAAUUGUAGGCCAAAAUAGCUGGAAUGGGAACAUUUCUCCAAGUCGGUUAUGUUUUAUUUACUGCUAUUGUGGAUUAAAAUUGGAAAUUCACCUUCAAUCCCCAACAAUGCUCACUUUGCAGGGUUAUUUGCUAAACACAGAAUUUCAGUGGUUUAAAUCAGAAUGGCAAAACUGAAUCUAAAAGAAUGGAUUUAGGAAAAAUUCCCCAGUUCAGCUAUAAUCACAGCUGAGCUAGUUUUGCCUGCUUGUUGCCAUUAAGUUCUAAUUCACUAAAAUAGUGAAUAACUUUUAGAAUCUAAUUACAUUCCAACAUAUUUCUCAUUAGUAAUCAGAAAGGUAUGGUAUAAAGUACCCUCUGCUGGUGUCAGAACUCUCCCUGUUCCCUGUACUGCACUCUAUAUUACAGGCUGGUUUUUCUUUUUUCUCAUUAACUGGUUGCCUCCAAACUACAUAAAGUGGACUUAUCGGCUUUCCUUGUUUGCACAUUAAAAAAAAAAAGAGGGGUGGGGGGAAGAUUAAGAACGUGGAGCCUUCCUGGACAUCAGUCAUACCACUUUGGGUUCCUACAAGGGGCCCCUGCCCCUCCGUUCACCACAUGGGUUGCAAGGUGAAGGGAACUAAGUUAUACCCCAUAGGGUGCACAGUCUCCUAGACCAUAAUUCAUUGUAAUCACAAACUGACCACUAUGCUAAAUUCUAAAAUUUCCUUCUAAGGGACAAUGUGCAAUGGACUGCAGAUCAGGAAUCUGUAGCUAAAAAGAAAGUUGAAGAAAACAGUUGCCAGCCCGUGCCGUCUGAUAAGCAAGGUAUUUUGUGUGUGUCUGUGUUUUCUAAAAGGUGCUGAGUAAAAAUACAGUAUUCUUUAUCCCAGAAAUAUACUCUUCAAUCCAGUUUUAUAAUUAAUGUGGCAAUAUCUCAGUUAUGGUGAAGUAUUACUUUUUUUUGUCUUCAGUACAAAGGCCCUUAACAUUUCAGUAGAAUGUGUGUGUAAUUACUCGACAUAAAAGCCUGAUCACGGAGAUUUAAAGGAAUACUUCAAACACCAUAGGCUUUACAUCAAGCUGUAGUGGUUAUGGUACCAGGAGUGCCCAGGUGCCAUAGUUAGUAGUCAAACCGUUUUAGUGUAAGUUGACGGCUUACAGUCAACAUUUCCAAAGCCUCUAUAAAACGAGUUCACCCUAUAUAUUAAUAGCAUUAUCAAUAUUGUAAUAGAUUUUCUGCAGCCAUAGCUAUUCAGUAAUCGAUCACUGAUUUCACAGAUUUAAAGGUACAGCUAAAAAAAGUAUGACGAUUUCUUUUCAGAGGAAUAUGAAAAUAAGGCCAGCAGCUUUUGGGACGAUUUCUACAAUAUUCACGAAAAUAAAUUCUUCAAAGACAGACACUGGCUGUUUACAGAGUUUCCAGAAUUGUAUUCACAAGUCAGCGCUCCUGACGGUACAGAUGCCGUAACAGAAACAAACACUGAACUGCGUGAUGACGUACAAGGUUCCCUAGCUAAGACUUUCACAGGCCUUGGGAUUAGAGAAGAUGCGGGGGAUGCGUACCCAGGAGCUUCUUCUACCUACCGCAUCUUGGAGGUAAUUGAAGACAAAGAUCAUACAUUUUGUGUUACUUUAUUGUAAUAUCACCUGCUGUUACUCAAGGUUUCAACACUUUUUUUUUCCCUUCCUUCCAGUGUGACAUUCUCUCUUUUGUCUACAACAUUUUCUAAUUUUGUGACAACUUUGUUUUUCUUUUCUUCACUUUCGCCACAACAUUCUUAUCUUUUAUUCCCCAGUAGUGAUGUCCCGAACGGUUCGCUGCGGAUGGCAAACAUAUGACCCUGUACCUCACAGUCAGCAGACACAUUCCAGCCAAUCAGCAGCAGACAUUGCCUCCCACCUCCUGGACAGCAUCCAUUUUGAAGCUGCAUUCUUAGUGAGCUGUCCAGGAGGUGGGAGGGUCUGCUGCUGUUUGGCUGGAAUGUGUCUGCUGACUGUGAGGUACAGGGUCAUAUGUUAGCAUUCCGCGGCGAACCGUUCGGACAUCACUAUUCCCCAGCAAUAUUUCUCUCCCCUCUCCCUCCCCCCCUCCCUGUUCAAAGCAUUCUCUCCUGAUAUGUCCUCAUUUCUUCCCCUCCUCCAGGCUCGGUUAGAUUAGAUUUGGUGCUGUUAGGCGUUAUGAUUUGAACACUUUUUAUUUGCCUGGAUAGCAAUGCACAGAUCACUUAACACAAUCUCAAGAAUUAUGCUUUUUUAAUGGUUCAGUGCCUUUUUAUUUUCCGUGCCACGCUUCAGCAACUAACUGCAUCCUUGUGGAACACGUGAAUAGUUCAGGUCUUUACCUCUGAUAAUGCAGAUUCUAAUUUUAGAUCUUUUAUAUCUCUUCUAUCUACUGUCAGGUGGGCUGCGGCGUAGGGAACACAGUUUUUCCAAUUCUACAGAACAAUACGUAAGUUUUUUUACACUGGAUGUUACAGAAAGAUCAGGAAAUGCAUUCAGUUGUCUGCACUGCAAUCCGAUCUCCAUUUUUGCACAGUGUGGUAGUUAGAAAUAUUUGCAAUACUAAAAUCUGGUUUAACUUUAACUCAGCAGAUUAGGCAAGUUUGAACUUUCUAAAAGUUUCAUACAACAGCUGACUGACUGAGCAUAAUGGUAGCUGCCCAUAUUAACUGGAUUGCUAGAUUUUUAUUAUUUUUACCCAUUUUUAAAAAUUAUCUUUUUAACUGAAGUGUGGGUGGGUUUUAUUUUUUAUUUUUUAUUUUUUUUAUUUUUUUUUGUCAUAAGAUUUUAUCGCUUGGUAUUUACUCAUUGCCAUAUGUCCAGCAGGAUCCAAUUUUCUCUGGUCUUUAACUAAGGGAACUAGACAUUUAACCCGUGUUCAGGUUUUGUAUAUGCAGCUUAGAAAACCACUUAUAUUUUGCAUCAAAACAGGGUAAUUUCAUGUUGUUUAAAUUAACAUCAAUGAUAUAUAUUGUAUAAACAGUGGUGACCUGAUGUAGUCCGGGAAAUUAAAACCUUAAAACACAAACAGCUAGAAUGGGUCCCCCUAAUAGUGUAAUUUUAUAUUUGUGAGGGUGACGGUUGUGUAAUGGGAUUUUUCUCUCUCUACCAGUGACCCUGGCCUUUUUGUCUAUUGCUGUGACUUCUCCAGUACUGCUGUUGAGCUUGUGAAGGUAGGAGGACAUAACCAGUGUCUGAUAUGUGAUAAAAAGGACUGUUCUAAAAUAUGCGUGUGUCGUUUUAUACUAGCAGCUGUUUCUUAUUCUUGGGCUGACGUGAACACACAGUUUGGAAAACAGACUGGGCUGUGCAGAACAUACAGGGAAUUUUUCGAGAAAUUUUUUUUUUUUUAUCUCAUGAACUCUGUUUCUGAAGUUUUAUUCCAGACUCGGUCAGAAAAAACACCAGCUUAUUUUAAAUUUUUUUUUUUUUUUUUUUUUGCACUGUAUAUCCAGACUGUUGGCUGACCUCUACCACUAAUCAGGGUUUACCAUUAGGGAAGUCAAUUCAUAUUUGAAUAAUGCUGCAAGCAAGAAAAGGCCGUUUUCCUGGCACUAUAGAUUUCUAAGGUGCUUCCCCCUCCCUCCCUCCCUCCCUCCCUCCCUUCGGCACUGAAGGGUUAAAACUUCUUCAGUCACUUAGCUGAAUUCAGUGCCGUAGUCAUUCGGCACUGGGUCAGGCUCCGCCCAAACUCCUCCCCCGCCAACAUCAGCUGGCGGGAGAGACCUAAGCCGAAAGUACGGCAAUGACCGCGCUCGCAUUAGGAUUUCCCCAAAUGAAAGCAUUAUUUAAUGCUUUCCUAUGGGGAAAAAUCUGAUGCUGGAGGUCCGUCCAGUGUUAGAUAAUGGACCAAAAAUCAGUUUCAAUUCCAGAAGCCCUCUAGUGACUGUUGGUAGACAUCUACUAAGGGCAGACUUAGAGCUGCACUGUUUUAUACUGCAGCAGUAAGUGCAAAAGGGACACCGCACCCAGACCACCUCUAUGAGCUGAAGUGGUCUGGGUGCUUACAGUGUCCCAUUAGCUACUUUCUACAUUGACACAAAUUGACCGAACAUGAUUUGAACAGCAAAUCCUUAUUCAUUGUAGAUGUGUUUUUUUGGGGAUUUUUUUUUUUUUUGUCAGCCUUUAUAGCUUGUUUAGUAAGAUGCAUCCGUGAAAUAACAAUCACAUGUUUUUAUCAAUGCAAGAAAACCACCUUUCUACAUAUCAUUUUAUUUUAAUAUGUAAAAAAGAUCAUUUUAAACUUUUUAUCCAAAAAUAUUUAAAUCCUUGUAAAAUCUUAUCCCAAUAUUUUAAAUCAAGGCCUCUGUCAGCAAAUCUAGGGCAGAAAGCCACAACAUAUCAAAUUAAUUAUAAAAUAAAAUCUUCCUAAAUUGCCUGAGGUCUCCCACACUUUGUCAUCAGAAGGGCUGUUUUUUCUGUGGUGGAGACCGGUUUGGUCCUCAAUGGUCCAAAGGGAAGGAGAACAGGGUCACAAAGCUGCUUGGAAAGGGCUGGCUGCUUAAACUUGGACAAUCUACCAGGCAUCCACAGUAAAAUUCUGGACUGUGACUUAGAAUGGUUAUUAUGAUAUAUUGAUUGGGAUCUUAAUUCUGCUCCAAGAUCACUAUUUAAAGGAAAACCUCAAGAACCAUAACUACUACAGCACACUGUAGUGAAUGUUGUCCCUGGAGUCGCUGCUGUAGUCUCGUGGUAAGAUUUCAAACCAUUUUAGCACAAUUUGACAACUUACCUAGGUCCUGCUAGUCACCCACACCACAUAGAGUCUUCAGUAGCUUGAGUGUCACUUGAGCGCAAAGCAGGACAGAGGCAGGAAAGCGAUGGCUGAGAGUGCUGAACUGACACUCAACCAAUGAUCCAUCCAUCCUCUAUUAGUCUAAACUGGCAUUCAACGACUCCUGCUGGAGGAGAGCCUAUGUGGUGCGGGUGCCUGCUGGACACAGGUGAGUAGUCAAACCAUACUAAAAUGGUUUUACAUAACUUACUGUGGGACAGCGCCAGGGCACUUCUGGCACCAUAACUACUAAUGUCAGAUCUGGAGAAAUAGACAGUCUCUCUCGGGAUCUGCGUCUGUAGAGGAUAACAGUUAGGUCUUUUCCUCCAAAUUGGAGAAUUUCUCAUAACAGAUGAGUGUUAAUGCCAAUGAAACACCAUCAAAUGUUGAAAGCUAUUCUAUAUUGUUAGACCACCAACCAAAAAAGAUACUUUAACCUUCUCUAAUGAAAGUCACUGCACACAUAUAUAAGGUGUGACUGUUAUUAUAUUCUUCAUGUUCUAGGUGUCAACGUUAUUUUUCUAGGAGCCAUGAAAUCUAGAUCCAAGUUCUCUAGAAAUCAAUGGAGUCCUACAUCAGAUACUCUAAAAGGCCAUAGACCAUAAUAUAAUAUUCUGCACCCUCAUAAAUACACCUUAGGGCAGGAUUCCCCAAACUCCGGCCCUCCAGAUGGUGUUGAACUACAAUACCCAUGAUUCUCAGCCUAUCUAUUUCACUCAUAGAAUCAUGGGAGUUGUAGUUCAGCAACAUCUGGAGGGCCGGAGUUUGAGGAAGCCUGCCUUAGGGCAUCACAAAAAGCAUUUGUCAACUGUAGAACAUUCUAAUUGCAAUAAAUAUCUACAGUCAAAUAAUUAUACUUCUAUAAGAGAGCUGAAUAUUUUAGACACUUUGAAAGUGUAGUACUUUAGUGUGUUUUUUAUUAAUAUAUUAUUAUUUUUUGCUGAGGGCUAUUCUGCCCAUAAAGCAAACAUGUCUGACACGAUUUUUGACUAAUUUGUGAAUUGCCAGAAUAUUGAAUUUAACAUUUUAGAUCAAAAGAGCCAAAUUGAAAUUCUAGUUGACAUUUGGGUUUUUUACAGUCUGGCCAUAUCCGCCUGAAUUUUGAAACCCAGAUUCAAUUCCCGAUUAUUACCACUGCAGGGGUUUACUCACUAAACAAUGAAUUGUAGGGAUCUGAAAAUUGAAUUCCAAAAUUUAGGUCAAAACAUCUGAUUUGGAAACAUGUGCCAGCUUUGCUGUUUUAAGUCUGAAUUUUUCAAUUUGGUUUAAACUUCACCACAAUUCACUGUUUAGUGAAUACAUUCUGUGCUCAGAGUUUGAGGGUCUUGAAAUGUAAUAUAUUCAAAUAUUUGUCAAAAUUAAAAUUCUUCUAAAAUUUUUCGAAUUCUUACAAGUUAAUGUGUGGUAACACUGCUGGUAAAUCAUAGCAAUGUUGCUGUCUUCCACAGAGUAACAAGCAAUAUGAUCCUUCUCGCUGCCUCGCUUUUGUCCAUGAUCUCUCAGACGCCGAGGCUUCCUACCCCGUGCCUGAUCAGAGUUUGGAUGUCAUUGUCCUGAUUUUCGUCCUGUCUGCCAUUCUCCCAAACAAGUGAGUGACUGACUGGGCUCAGAAGUCUUGCUUAUUGCAGAAGCCCUGGACAGAGACUAAAUCACUUUGAGUACUAGACAUUAUGCGGAGAUCAGUUUUAAAAUAAUUGCUAUUAAUUAAAUUCACGGCUUACAAUGCAAAACACUGCUCCUUUAGAGGGCAUUUUUUUAUUUUUUUGUCUGGCUGUUUUAACUGUUUAGAGCAAUUCAGGAAUGUAGGACAGGUCACUAUCAUACUUUUAUUUAGUGCCCUAUCCAGGGAGCUGUACAAAGAUUACCAAUUGUAGCACAGUAUAUUUAACAAAACAAAUUGUUCUAAAUCAUUAGUCUUCCUGUUAUCAAGCAGGUCUCUAUUACACUGGGAUAGAAAGUUGUACUACAGUAAACAUUUUGUCUGGGUCGUUGAUUGGAGUUGAAUAAAUAAGGUCUAUCUGUUCUAACUGCCACUAACGCUGCUUUCCUCUCGCUGGUAGGAUGCAGAAUGCUAUAAACCGCCUCAGUAAGCUACUGAAACCAGGGGGGUGCAUACUUUUGCGGGACUAUGGCCGGUACGACAUGGCUCAACUACGCUUCAAGAAAGGUGAGUCUAGCAGCUUAUAGCCACUUCUCCUGGGACCAUCUGACCUUCUGUAGCUAAGCUGCUUUUUCCCUUCAGAUUAGAGGCAGUGCUUUAUAACUGGGAUUUCAUCACCUGGAGGGAAAAACAGGUAGGCAAUCUCCCAAACUUCUCAAGAACCUCCCCAAUUAACCUUUGGCCUUAUAAAUUGCUUCCUACCCAAGACAUCCCCAGUUCUUUUGCCUGCCUCCGGCAGAGGAGGGUGUCAGGUUCAGGUUUUCUCCCUAGAAGUAUGGUGAGAGGGCCGAGGCUCUGGAGGCUCUACUUUUUUUUAAAUACAUUUUUCAGAGAUCGGCCAGGGAUAACACACCAGACGGCUGUAUCUCCCCAGGUUGUAUUACGUCCGUCUAUACCAAGCCAGGUGCCGGGCAGACGAUGGUAUGCAUUUGGGCACUAGCUGGGAAGUCCUGGCGGUGGAACACUCGUACAGGUUACGUUUAUUUCCACAGUGGACAUGCGUAAUGCGACUUAAAAUUCAGGCACCAAUACCUUUUUUUUUUUUCUCUCCCUCCGGGGUCAAGAUUUUGGUUUCCAGGACUUAGAGAGGCCAUUUACCCAGCAGUAACUAACUGUUGCCAGGUGCACUUAAAUAAUAAUUUAUUCAGGCUAGAGUCAUUUAAGAUAAAAGCAAAAAGGCUUACCUUAAUCCAUUAAGGACACAUGACAGAAAUAUUCAGUCAUGAUUUCCUUUUAUUUCAGAAGUUGUGUCCUUUAGGGGUUAAGGUAAGCCUUUUUGCUUUUAUCUUAAAUGACUCUAGCCUGAAUAAGUUAAUUAUCUGUGCUGCAAGAUGGAUAAGCUAAAAGCGCAAAUGUUUCUAAGUUGGAGAUUUUUUAGCUUCUCGUCACUUAAAGAUUAUUCCUAAAAUCUUAACACAAAUAGUGCUUUGAAAGCGUAAGCACUUAGUAGAUCGGGCCCAUAAUAGAUUAUUCUUUGAGUAAAGCCUAUAAAGGGUAUUAGAUAAGAAAAUACUUUUACAUAAUUCUAUUUGGUAAAUUUAAGUUUCCUUUCUGGCUCAAAAUAGCUGCAACACAGUGAUUAGUUAAUAUGGGUUUCAAUAUCACUAAUUGCUGCAACAGGGUCAGUAAUUAAAGUGAAGUGUUCCGGUGGAAUAUAUUCACAGGAGCAAGACCCGUAUGACUAUGGGAAGAUUAUCCUUAGGAGGCUGAUAUUUAAAAUCUGGUUUUGGUUAAGUUAAUAUACUGUUGUAGCAGAUGGAUUCUUUAAAUGCCUGGGUCCUAGCCGCAGUGUUUAUUUUCUUAAAACAUGCAGUAGGCUUUUAGCAAUUGCUGUAGACAAAGCUCUGUUGCAAUUCACAUUCUCACCACCUUAACUAGUUUCACCUGAUAUCAGUUUCUAAAAAGGCAGUCUGUUUUUCAGCUGGGGCAGAACUUUUCCUGUGCUUCACUCCAUAGUUGCACAUUUUAUGUUAUGUCUUAAAUUCCAAGUCCUAUGUUGUCAGUUACAAAGACAGGUUUGAGCUAACUGACUAUUGGAAUGGCAAUUUUAAAGAAAGUGCUUCCUAAUAUUGGUUCCUGCAGAGUUUGCAUCAAACAGGUUUUGAAAUGCAGUUGCAGCUAUUCUGUCUGCUCUAGCCUCUGCUUCCCAAAUACAGCUAAGGAAAGCCUAUAGCAGGUAAGGCUGUUGGAUGGUAUUGCAAUUUUAAAGAAUUACUUCUAUUAUUGAUUCCUGCAGAGUCUGCAUCAAACAGGUUUUGAAAUGCACUUUGCAGAUAUUCUUUCUGCUCUAGCCUCUGCUUCCCAAUUACGGUUAAGGAAGGCCUGGAUCAUGGGUAUUGUCUUAUGCAGACUGUAUAUCUAUGUAAUCAGUGUCGCUUCAGCCAAUAAAGAUGGUAACCUGUAUGAACUAGUCUCAAUGGAAAAUUAUUUCUUCCUCAUGUUACUGGUCUUGAUGCAAGUUCUAGUACAGCUGCAAGCCUAUUGAUCAAGGUGUAGUUCCACCAAGUUCAAUUUGUACCCUGCACUGCAAUAGAUACGGUAUGACUGGGAUGGUUUACUGCCUAGGUUUGUUUGCCGUUUUCUUUUAAGAAGAGCUUAUGCCAAUUGCCACUUGAUAUUCUCUCACUAUGCAAAAUGUUGCCAUCCAUAAAUUUGUUGAAUCUCUACAAUAUGGCUUCCUCAGGGGCACCUAAUUAAUUUUUGUACACCAGCCCCUAAAGGUUAGGGUGUUUUUCUACAGCAUACGGGUGGAUGCUAAUCAAUCUUCUGAUAAAGAAUUCCCUUUACAAGAAGUGUGCAGUUCUGGUGUUUGUCAAGAAACAGAAGAAAAAAAAUUGUGGUUCUCUCUAUGGCCUUAUCACCUGAAAUCUCUCUUCUACUUCAGUAGACAAGAUACUAGGGAAAUAAUUUUGGUUCCCGUCUUGUAAGAACCUGCUUGGUCUCUUCAGCUUCUUUAGGCAUAGCACUGUUUACAGGUCCUUCAGAGGCCAGAUACAGUUGCUGAUAAGAUUUUGCAGUAAAAUCUUAUACUUCGGUCAUUCCUUUCUGAACCAGGCAGAAAUGAAGGAUGCCAGACGGUUCUUACUUUUUGUUCUAGUUCUCAAAUUGAUCGUUCAGAAUUUUACGACUGAUGCUUCAGGUCUCAGCUAGGUUCUCAUAGGGUUGAAGGGAAAUUAGCUGAGAUAUUUUGAAAAAAACUUAUCCAACUACAUAGGACCAAAGGCUAUCUGGCUAGCUCUCUUUGCCUUUCAGAUAAAGACCAGGUAUUAUCUUGUCCAGAUCUGGUCGGAUAGUUCUACAUCGGUAGCAAUUAUGUACAAACAAGGUCUUUGUCUUGUUUGAAAAAUCUUGUUCCAGGAUAUGCUUUUGUUAGUUUUUCUUAGGUCUAUUCCCUUAUGCAUAGAACUUAAAAUUCCUCUGUUUAGCUGUAGCAUUGAGUAGUCAACAUUUAAUACAAAGCAGAUUGGUUCAUACUCCCUGAUCUUCACCCAAACGAUAGGAAGAAUUUGAUUAUCCGGUUAUGGAACUGGGACUUCUAGAUCAAACAGAUAGCAAGUGUUUCAUUGGACAAGCUUGGACAGAACAGUAAGCUUUGGUUUCCUUUGCUUUCUUGCAAAUUCCAGUCUAACCUAUAGUUUCCUCCUGGUUCCCUAUUCCCCAAGAUCCUAUAGGAUGGAAAAGGUGAGAAUGAUAGUUUUCCUCCCUUGGUGGCAUGUAGCUGUUUCACCGUUCAUCAAAAAUUAUCCGGAGGAAUCUUUGGGGACCUUACCUGUAAAUAGGCAUCCUGGAAUUCUCAAGGGUACCGCUUCUCAAAUUUGUUGUAAUUCAAGCUGACGACCUGGUUUAUGUAUACCAGAUACUGAAGGAUAAUGUUUUGUCUCAGGAAAUUAUUGACAAUUUAUUUUACUAUAAAUGGAUCUUGCUGAUUUGAGUCUUCACUCUAGGUUUUUGGGGGUAGUCGCCCAAAAUAUAUUUUUGGCAAGAACUUAAAGUUCUUCAAGUUUCCAUUUUCAGCAGGAGAAAGUGGAGUUAAGUUGGAUUCUUUAAUUCUUUCCAAUCUUCCAUCUAACGUUAUUUUUCUAACUUUUCCCAACAGCGUUCUAGGGUCUUGGAAUUCUAAUUCCACUGCCUGGGCGUUUAGUUCUCGUCUACGUUACCUUAAAGGUCUUCAUUCGUUUGGGUUUUUUCUUAUCUAACACCUAUCUUCAUUGAAGCUCUUUCGAUCACAGUUAUGUUCAGAUCGGGUGCCUGAGGGCUUCUGCUAUACAUUCUCUCAAAUUCCUAACAGCCACAAGGUGAUCUCUUCACUCAUUUUGGUCUGUUGACCAUGGAAGAUACAACUUUGGUCGCAGUUUUUUUGCAGUGAGAUUUGAGUGCCGACCUAAGAGAUUGCUUUUGGAUAUCCCAGUUGUAAGGCACUGCCUCUAACCUGAAGGGAAAAUCUAAAAAAAUUUCUUACUGUAAAUUUAUUUUUCCAGAAGAUUAGAGGCAGUUCUCACUCCCCCUCCUCCCCCAAAUUUGUUCAUAGUCUGAGUGGUACGGUUAUUUGGCUUUUGUAAUUUCUGGGGAUGUCUUGGGUAGGAAGCAAUCUAUAAGGCCAAAGGUUAAUUGGGGGAGGUUCUUGAAAAGUUUGGGAGAUUGCCUGACUGUUUUUUCCCUCCAGGUGAUGAAAUCCCAGUUGUAAAGCACUCUAAUCUUCUGGAAAAAUAACUUUACGGUAAGUCCACAUUAUGUGCAUCUUUAUUGCUUGUUUAUCUUAUAUCCUACAGGUCGCUGUCUGUCUGAAAAUUUUUAUGUAAGAGGAGAUGGGACGCGAGUGUACUUCUUUGCACAAGGUAAGUAACGGCUGGCCUUUAUCUUACUUUGUCUUUACAGUGCAGUGACGACCUCUAAAUUAAAUCUGCAAUGCAGAGAACCAUGUAAGAGCUUUUUAAUGACUUCCCCUUGGCCUGGUAUAAUGUAUAUAAUAUUGAGCAACUUUAUUUUCCCAUAUCAUAGCAAAGGUACUCCAGGCAUGACAUGCAUAUUGCACCAUUAUCCUGCCAAAUAUAGCCAUUCAAAUUUCAUAUAAAUGGAUUUCGAUGUGUCCUCUACACAGUCUGACCCAGAAAUGUAUUGGUACCUGCCCAACAUAGUAUGAAUAGUAUGAUGUGUUUUGAGUGGGCAGAUGGGGGCUAAGUUUCCCACACAAUUUAUUUAACAGAGAGGAUGACUGAAAAUGAUGUACCUUUCACUCUCAUUCAAGCAUUGAUCAUAUGUGAUUUGUCGUGUUGGGUUGUCUCUCUUUCUUCUUUCAUCAAGUCAGUCCAAUAAUGUGAGUAGAAUAUUGGACGAGAUACACAUCCAAAGACAUUUGCCAUAAAGUGUGUGCCACUUCCAUUUAGCCCGUUCUAACAGAACUAACUGUAACCAUGUCUGAAAGUUUGAGAUUUUUUUUCAAACGUAUAUUUAACUUGUUUUUCUUAGAUGAGCUCGAAGAUCUGUUCACGAACGCAGGUCUAGAAAAGGUGCAAAACACGGUGGACCGAAGACUACAAGUGAACCGCGGGAAGCAGCUGACCAUGUACCGCGUGUGGAUUCAGUGCAAGUACCGUAAGCCCCGCGAUCCUGUGAAUGGUGCAUCACUGAUCUAAGCACAGUCUCCAAAAAAGGCAGUGUCUUCAUCGCGACUCUGUAAUGGGUGCAGCUGGAAGGCACAUAAAGAGUUGCACAGAGCUGAUAAUGAUGUGAUGGUACAGAGCAUCAAUAUCUCUUUAUUACCAUUUAAUGUGCCUAAACAUGCACCAGUUUUAUCCAAGAACAAAGCUAUGUUCGUGUUGGCCCUUACAUUGGAGGCCUUGCAGUUCAAUGAACUGAUUUUAAAGAGUGGAAACUGUUAAACUAUUUAGUUAAGGACAAGUGCCAGUCUGUGCCGUCAUAAACUGUACUAUGCUGUUUGAUGGCCCUACUCACCUGGCAACAAUCUCCUGAGAAACCGGUGGCAACACCGUAUAUAUGCCUCACUGUCAUAGGGUCUUUAGAAACCCUUUUGUGACCGCACGCAUAGUCUUUUAAUGAUAAGUAAUUCCAGUAACACUCUGCUGUUCUUGAAGUUUACUGCCCUAAAAUGUGAUGGACAAUGCAGGACAGUUUUAUUAAAUCCACUUUUUAUCAGGACUGUAUGAAUUUUUAUGUUUGAUUUUAAAGAUUCAUGCAGGAGUUAAGCAAGGGGUAAACUUUGUUUUUAUUUCAAUAAAGCUUUUCAUUUUAUUGUAA